UUGCCGCAGCAGCAUCAGCAGCAACAACAGCAGCAACAACAACAACGAGAAGAACAAUAGCAUCGGACAGAGACGACAUUGUCGCCAACGCCAUCGCAAUCGCAAUCGCCAUAGAAAAUCAUAAGAAGCAACAGCAGGAAGAGUUUUUCGUGUGAGCAGCCAAAGACAAAGCGUUUUGUGGGUGCCUGCAGUUACAAGUGCAUUGCGACAGCAAAACCAAAUUCAAAAAAAUAUUCCAAAAGAAACGAUUUUGUCUCUCUCGCAACGCGUCGUAUGCGUAAUAUUAUAAACUAGAAUAAGACUCGUUGAAUUCGUCAGAAGCCCAUUAAAUAACCAUAACAACAAAAACAAUUGAAGAGAGUCGGUUUUAUGUGUCAGUUUCCGUUUGGUGCGAUUUUAAAAAUUGAUCAAAAACGCAACGAGCAGUGAAACGCGUCAACGCGAAUAGGGGACUUCCGCGUCAAGACAUAAAAACAUCAGCAACAGGACGCGCGUUAAGGAAAUCAGACAGUCAGUUAGCAGGCAGGCAACAGCUUUCAUAGAGUGCCAAUUGUGCAGCAGAACGAGUUUCAGGAUUUGAACACGUCUAGGAGCAGCAGCAGCAGCAACAGAAAAAGUAACAACAGCAACUCGUACUGUGUCCAUAAGUUCCUUUGUGUGCCAUGCACGACACAGCCGGCAAACCGUCCCCCAUAACAACACCCACACAGUCACCCAUGGCGGCGGAGGUGGAUCCUGGAGCCGGGACAGCGGACGAUGAGGAUGAAACCGAUGUGAUUGGUGAUCUGAUGGGUCACUAUGGCAAAUGGCAGCUGGUGAUGACUGUGCUGCUGUCGCUAUUCCAGGUGCCCAACACAUUUCACAUAUCCUCAUCCGUAUACCAGGCGGCCAACAAGGACUUCUGGUGCCAGAGGCCGCCGCACCUUCAAGAAAUGCCCGUCGAUGUGUGGCGCAAUCUAAGCGGCUCCCACGAUAAUUGUCAUGCUCGGUCGGGCAUCGAUUGGAGUCGGCUGAGCAACGACACGUUACCAGCCCAGUUGCAGCAACAAGCAGCAGCAGCUGCGGCAGCUUCAGGCGACGACGGGAAGCUGAUUGCCUGCAACCGCUGGGAGUACGAGACGAACGACAAUGUCGGCAACACUUGGACCUCACAGUGGGAUCUAGUGUGUGACAAAGAGCAUUUAAAGAACGUUGCCGAGAUGUUCUUUUUACUGGGUGUCGCAACAGGUGGAAUUAUUUCUGGCUACCUUUCUGACAAGUUUGGCCGCAAAACCAUGCUCUUCAUAUCGGCCAUUCUGCAGACCAUAUUCGGUCUCUGGCUAUAUUUCUGCAGUUCUUUUGAGCUAUAUUUAACGCUGCGUGCCCUUUUGGGACUCGUCUCUGUCUCAGUGACAUACUCUGGUCUUAUAUUAGCCAUAGAGUAUGUGGAUGGCAAGUGGCGCACCAUAGCCGGCAUGUACAAUCUGUUCCCACUGCCAAUCUCGUAUAUGAUCAUCUCUGGCCUGGCCUAUUUGACGCAAGACUACCAACGUCUACAGCUCUGCAUUGGAAUUCCAGGCAUUUUCCUGUGUUUUCUCUGGUUUGUGGUGCCGGAAUCGCCGCGCUGGCUGUUGGUCAAGGGUCGCGUUGAAGAAGUGAGACGCAUCAUUGAGGCGGCGGCCGUUUUCAAUGGACGCCAACUGCCUCCGGAUUAUCAGCUAACGCCGCCAACGCAGGAGAGCUCCCAGGACGUCACAUAUUUGUUUCGGUCCAGCUACUUGCGGCGCAUCUCUAUCUGUUUUCUGUGCAUUUGGUUCACCAUGAAUCUGGUCUACUAUGGCAUUAUCUUGAAUAUGAGCUCGUUCGGUGGCAAUGUCUACUUGAAUUCGGCGCUAGCUGGCCUAGUCGAAAUACCUGCCAUUGCGGUGGCCAUGUACAUUAUCACCAAGGUGGGCAAGAAGUGGCUCUUCUGCGCCACUUUGAUCUGUGCCGGCGUCGCCUGCUGUUGUGCUGCGAUCACUGAGGGGCACGACGAUAUGCUCUGGCUGAAGAUCACGUUCCUGAUGAUGGGCAAGUUUACGAUUAGCGCUGGUAACACCAUCAUGCCCGUUUACACUGCGGAACUGUAUCCAACGGCCAUACGCAAUGUGGGUGUGGGUGCCUGCAAUGUGGCUGCCGGAUUGGCGCUUAUAUUAACGCCCUACUUGUCGCUUUUGAACAAAAUCGAAGGCCACCUGUUGAUGACGCUGCUAACCGCCUGGAGCAUCUUUGGCGGUUUUGUUGUGCUCUUUUUGCCGGAGACGGCGGUGCGGAAAAAUGUAUCAACCGCCGCUAGUCGCCCGAAUGCUGUAAAGCAGGUUUAAUGAAUUGGAGUGAUGCAACCAUAAUAUGACGCUCGCCAAAAGCUCCUCCUGCCCCUCCCCAAAUACCCUUGACACUUAGCAAAUAUUUUGGCUGGUCCAAAGUAUAUAAAUGAGCACAUUGGCUACCAGAAAACUAAUUACAAACUACCAAUACCAACAAUAAUAAUCGACGCCCAGCUCCGAUUUUACAUAUCCACCGCCGCAGCCACCGCCACCUUCUUUUAACCAGGAAUUCAAGUGAAAAGCGCAAUUUAUCGAAUGUCCAUCAAAUGCCAUAAUACGAAAAGUCAGGCAGGACCUUAUUUGCGUAGCAAGUAGUAAGUAUUUAAUAUACGUGCAACAAAUAAAUAAAUCGUAUUCUUAAAGUAACAAUGGCUUAUAGCUUAUAAUAAAGUAAGAACAACAAGGUACAUAUUGUAAACGAAGUCACAAUUCAGAGUAGGGAACAUUUCUUCGGUGUCAUCGAAGAUGAAGAUUUCUCACAAAUAAGCUGCUAAAAAGAAAGAAAAUUACUAACAUUUUCUCCAAUUAAAAACAAAAUGUUCCGCAAUUGAUUAUUUCUAGCUUACUCUCUUUCUAAACCAAUAAAAUAUUCCAAAAAUCGGUAGAUAAUAUUAUUGAAUUGAUUUUAAAACUUGACUUACCAAAAGCAAUUUUUGUGAGAUGUUCGUAAUAACUAGAAAUUAAUGUCUAAAAAAAUAUGUAUGUAAUAGUAUUGCUAAAUUAUUAACACUGUCAACAAUUCAGUGAACAUACAAAAAAUAUAAUAAAAUAAAAUACUACAUAAAAUACUUGUCGAUACGUCUUGUCAAUAUGUCAACGUAUACAGAAUCUAGUUGUUGUUGUG